GUGCAGUGUCAUUUGAUAUGAGACGUCUGUAAAGGGAAGAUCACAGACCUUAUCAACAUGCAGCAUUUAUGUUUUAAUAUAUUCUUCAGUGCCAUUUGCCUCAGUGGUAUUCUCGGUGUCGAGAUUGGGAAACAUGAUCCGGCAAGGUUUUCAUCAUUUCGGGCGUUUCCAUGGAUACCAGUAGAUCUCUAUGUACACUAUGACUGGCCUGAAAGGUCUGCAAGAUUUGCGGGUAGAGAAGUACUGGGAAUAGGCCCAGCUGUGACCUUUAACGUAAUUGUCACUUCGGCAUGGGGAUAUGGCUGGAAUACGGGCGCCGGAAGGUAUGGCAUGUACUAUGUUCACUUUCAACUUCGCUACAAGACUGUCCCGUUCACAAGGUAUCAAUGCAGUGCAUGGGUCCAUUGGCCGCCACCGUUCCCUGUACAUCUUGACGGAAUUCCUUCAGUAGAAUAUAACUAUUGUGUUCCAUUUUAAAAGAUUACGCAAUGUCAUAAGAAAUGGUAAACAAACGAAAAUAAACAUUCUUUUAAAAAAAUAUCUAAUACAAUCACUUAUAGUUUGUAAUUAGCAUGUAUAUUUGACCUUUUGAAUGGUAACGUGAUGCUAUCACGAAAGGUAAACAAACGAGAAUAAACAUUCAUAAAAAUAAACACCAACUCACCAACAAUAUCUUAUACACUCAACUAUAGCUUGUUAUUUACAUGUCUUUGAAUAUUUAAUAUUAUAUGAACAUACUUGUAAUAAAGCUGAAAUGUUGGUCAUUUCACUUU